AGCCGCCCGCGCUCGCCCGGCCGCUCGGCCCGGGGUGCGCGCCUGCCGCGGCUCCGGCGCGCCCCGCGCCAGCGCGGGAGGGCGCAGAGCUGCUGGAGAAGGCGAGGGACGGAGGCAGCUUGCAGCCGCUUGUGUCCGCGGGCACGCUGGGCCACCCGACCAGCUGCGGUGCACCCUGCAAGUACGUUAGGCGCAAGGCGGGCUGCCGCGAUGGGGCCAGCUGCCAGAGCUGCCACGUCUGCCAGUGGCACCGCGCGCCCCAGGAGCGCCUCGCCGACCGCGGAGAGGGCGACACCAGCGGCCAGCCGCGCGCCCCGCUGGUGGAGCAGCGAGGUCCAGGCCCCGAGCCGCUGUCGUCGUUGACCUCCCUCUGCUCCGAGGAGGGCUGGGCGCCCUCAGAGCUGCUGGCCGCCGAGCACCCCGACGAACGUCGCCCCGCAGGCCCCAGCGGGGACGCCUGGGACAACCUGACGAGGCUCAUCCGGCUGCAGCUUUUCUGCGCGGAGGACCCCCCCCCGCGUCAGGGCGCGCACGCCCUUCCGUCCCCUGCUGCG